AUGGAGCUGGAGUCGAUGCGAAAAUUGAAGGGCUUGUUCCGGCAGAGAGGACAGAUCGAACAGAAGCUAGUGAGGACUCAGUUGACUUUGCGAACGCAGAGUAGUAUGACGUUAGCCCAGUUGCAGUGCGCGGAGAAGAAACUAGUUGUAAUCUACAGCGAGUUUAGCCACUUCCAUAGUGAAAUCAUGGCCUUGAUUCCUGAUGAAGCAUCGGAUGAGCAAGAUGAAAUUUACUGCACUUUUGAGGAUCGUCAUACCGAGUUGUCGAAUCACAUCCAGAAAAGAAUCAAUGCUGCUACUCAAAUGCAAUCCGUGAGUUCAUCUGUUUCCCCACAGGUUAUUAUUCAGCAGCAGCCGUUGAAAGCACCUAUUCCUACAUUUGACGGUAAUUAUGCUAAUUGGCCAAAAUUCAAGGCGAUUUUCCAAGACCUGAUGGCACAGUCCGGGGACUCAGAGGCAUUAAAACUGUACCACCUAGACAAAGCAUUGAUUGGAUCCGCAGCAGGUAUAUUAGAUGCAAAAAUAAUCAACGAGGGUAAUUAUAAGCAAGCGUGGAAGGUGCUAACAGACCGUUACGAAAACACACGUGUGAUCGUUGAGUCACACAUUCAAGGAUUGCUUACUCUUGAAAAAAUGUCUAAAGCAACAUUCAAAGAAUUGGAUGGCCUGCUAACUGAAGCAACCGGUCAUGUUGAAGGCCUACGGUACCAAAAACAACAGUUAACGGGUAUCUCCGAGCACAUCGUGGUGCAUCUUAUCGUCAGUGCCUUGGAUGAUUCGACCCGCAUGGCUUGGGAACGUACCCAGCAAAGAAGUGUGCUCCCGAAAUACGAACAAACAAUCUCCUUUCUCAAAACCAGUUGUCAAGUGCUGGAGCAGUGUGAAUCGUCGCAAGCUUUCUCCCAACGAACCGCCGUAAAAUCAAAAGUUUCACCAGUCAACAACAAAAUGCCAUCGCUAAAGACUAACGCAGUUACUUCAAGUUCCAGCAAGUCUUCAGGUUCCUGCCACUUUUGUGGAGGUUCACAUCUUAACUUCCAAUGUGAGGAAUUCAAGCAGCUGACAGCAACUCAAAGGGCAGAAAAGGUUCGAGCAAAAGGUUUGUGCUUUAACUGCCUCCGGAAGAGACGUCAGUCCAAACAGUGCACGUCUAACAACACGUGUCGAAAAUGCAGCCGCAAACAUCACACCAUUCUCCACGAUGAUGCUGAAAGGAACAGCAGUCAGGAUUCAAAAGCUGACAUUGCCGCGCCAAAGCAACCUGUCGCGAAUAAUCAACCAACUGUUGUUCAACCUUCUGUUUCGGUGGUGGAUAAACCAGUAUCCACUACAUGCUCAAGCAAUCACGUUUCAACAUCAAAGACCGUCUUGCUAUUGACUGCUGUCGUUCAAGCCAUUGAUGAACAUAACCAGUCCCACCCUUGUCGAGUCCUACUUGACAGUGGGUCUCAAGUUAACUUCGUCACCGAGAAAAUGGCAACCCGCCUCGGUUGUUCUAGAAUGCCAGCAAAUGUAUCAAUCACUGGAAUCAAUGCCCUGAGAAGUCUAGCUCGUGAUAAGGUGUUCGUUAAAUUCCAAUCGAGCUACGGAGACUUUCAAGCCAACAUCGCGUGUCUGGUUACAACCAAGGUACCUGGAACUAUUCCUAACCGAACGAUUGAUUUCAGCUCCUGGGAACUUCCUGAAGGCAUUCAACUCGCCGAUCCACAUUUCUUCCAGCCAGAAAGGGUUGACAUGUUAAUCGGGGGAGAGUUGUUCUUUGAUCUACUGAAGCCCGAUCAAAUAAGUCUUGGUGACAAUUUACCACAACUUCGAGACACUCAUCUUGCAUGGGUGGUAGCUGGAGUAAUAAACGAGCCGUACAUUUCGAAUGCGGCUAUUCAACACGUCAACCAUGCUUAG